GUUUGUUUUCUCGCCUGCGGCCGAAGUUUUGGACGGCGAGCCGCUGCAGGAGGCAAUGUGGAUCUAGUAUUCAAGUUAUCAUUUGUGUGGCGAAGAGUGUGAAGAGUUCCGCGGACUGGCGGGAGAUGUAGAGAAAGUGUUUUCUUUUUCGUCUUUCAUUCUGCAACCCGGUGCUGGCAGUGCUCUCCCUCGAGCGUUUUACAUGCGGACUGUCAUUCAGAAAUACUACAGCCAGCAUUUGGAGCGCUCACGUGUUUGACCUGACCCUGUGUAUUUCUGAUUUUUCUCCCUGUUUUUCUGCCAUUUCUGCCUGUGUGUUUAUAAUCUAUUUGUACAGUUUGCUGCAGUCUGCUUGACUUGCAACAAGUAGUCGUAUCGGUGACAGACGCGUCUCUUUACAUUGUUGACCACUGUUGGAUUGAAUCACGGAUUAAGUUUUCCAAAUCGUGAAAUCACUGGGCCUGAAGAACUUUUAUCUAUUUCUUUUUGGGGGAAUAAAGGCACGUGAGCAGGCUGCCCGCAAUCAAAGAGGCUGUGUGUUCUUGUGUCUGAAACGUAAACUGAAAUGGAGCUUCAUUGGGUCUUUCUGCUGCUGGAGAUGGUGCUAGUGUCCACUGCUGCCAGGGGUCCGCCCAGGGUGUCUGAGCGGGUGAUGCACCGGCAGAGCAUCCGACUGGGUCGCACCAUGAAGCUGCCCUGCCCCGUGGAGGGCGACCCCCCGCCACUCAUCAUGUGGACCAAAGACGGACGCAACAUCCACAGUGGCUGGACGCGGUUCAGGGUGCAGCAACAUGCUCUGCGCAUCAAAGAGGUGGAGACUGACGACGCUGGAACGUACAUCUGCAAGGCAACCAAUGGGUUCGGCAGCGUCAACAUCAACUUCACGCUCAUUGUUAUAGAUGACUCCAGUGCAAGAGGUGAAGCUGGGGCGGCCAAUGGUGACUCUGAAAGUAUCCCAGAGCUGGCGGGGAAACUGGUACGUCCACGUUUCACCCAGCCGUCAAAGAUGAGGAAGCGCGUCAUCGCUCGCCCAGUGGGCAGCUCAGUGCGUCUGAAGUGCAGCGCAUCAGGAAACCCUCGCCCCGACAUCGUCUGGCUGAAGGACAGUCGGCCGCUGCUGGACGAGGACAGUGGAGCGACGGGAAGAGGAGACGGGGAGGGAAAGAAGAAGAGGUGGACUCUGAGUCUGAAGAAUCUGACACCAGAGCACAGCGGGAAGUACACCUGCCACGUCUCCAACAGAGCCGGAGAGAUCAACGCCACCUACAAAGUGGAAGUCAUACAGCGCACCAACUCCAAACCCAUUCUGACCGGCACUCACCCCGUCAAUACCACCGUGGACUACGGAGGAACCACGUCUUUCCAGUGUAAAGUCCGAAGUGACGUCAAGCCAGUCAUUCAGUGGUUGAAAAGAGUCGAACCUGGUGACGAGAACAAAUUCAAUUCAACCAUAGAGGUUGGGGACCACCGUUUUGUGGUCCUGCCUACAGGAGAAGUUUGGUCACGUCCUGAUGGAUCAUAUCUCAACAAGCUGCUCAUCACCAGAGCCAAAGAGGAGGACGCUGGCAUGUAUAUCUGCCUGGGAGCCAACACUAUGGGAUACAGCUUCAGGAGUGCAUACCUGACUGUUCUACCAGAUCCAAAGCCCCAGAGCAACACCAUCCCCACGGCCACCUCCCCAAGCCUCCCCUGGCCCGUCAUUAUUGGAAUACCCGCAGGUGUCGCCUUCAUUUUAGGCACCGCCCUCCUCUGGUUCUGCCAAUCAAAACGCACCUGCUCCUCCUCCUCCUCUUCUGCCUCGUCUUCAUCCUCCUCUGCUCUUCCCGCUGCCCAGCGUCUACCUGCAGCCAAUCGCGAGCGAGCCUGCCCCGCGGUGCCUCAACAACCGGCCAGCGGGGAUAAAGAUUGUCUUUCAUACGAGGACUACAUCGCCCAUCAGCAGCUGCUCCUCACUCAGGGCGGCGCUGGAUUGGCUCCCAAAGUCUACCCAAAGAUCUACACAGAUAUACACACGCACACGCAUUCGCACGUGGACGGGAAAGUGCAUCAGCACCAGCACAUUCACUACCAGUGUUAGCAGUGAGAGGGAGAAGCCACGUCCGACUCUUCCACGAACAUGUUUCUGGUGCAUGGAGACUCUUUCACCACAGACUGCUGACAUACAGACUGCAGACAUACAGAGCAAAGGAAAAAGAAAGCUGCAUGCAAAAGACAAUGCAGAUUUACAUCAAACACAUCUCCUCAUUAACCUGUUGCAGCUUUGUUAUACUGAACACACAGACUUAUUAAAGACGCAUAAAUGAAGAAUGUAAAGGAAGAAAUAGAUCCUUAUUUUAGCCAAUCUUGAGGCAAAUCCAGAGAAAUCUAUCCAAAAAAUCUCAAUAUAUAUUUUAUUAAAGCCUUUUUAUAUGAUAUCUCAACUUUAGAUUUUUAAAUCUCUCCUUUUCUUUUUGCUCAAAGACCUUAAAGCUACGAAAAACAUCUAUAAAGUGACUUAACCCAACAAUUUACUUGUCUCUGUUCUUUAGACACACAACCAUAACCUCCUAAGUAACUGCAGAAACACAGUUCACCUUCUCUUCAAUGCUCUUACUAUAGAUACUCCUGUGCAUAAUGGGAUGCAGUUAGAUGGUGAUUGGCAUGCUGCUUAAUCCUCUCAAAAGAAAUGUAUAGUAUGUUCUAACUGUACAGCUUCAAUCCAGAGUUUCAAGAGUCAGGCAAACUGAGCCGUAAAAGACACAAAUCAAACAAACUCCCACUAAAGGAUGUGAGGGUAAAGGCUGCAAGCUUUUGCGUCAGCUGGGCCGACAGCCUUCCUGAUAAAUGUCCAGCUGCUAACUGGGUGCUGUGGAAAAAAGAGCUGUUGUCAAACUGAGUACAGACAGCGUGCAGCACUGUUUUGGCAGCAGCUAGAAGCUCAUUUCUGCUUCAUCCAAGGGGGCUCCUCUUUAAGAGCGUUUUCUGACUGUUCUGCUGCUUUAUUUUUCUGAAGAAUGCUGGCAUUUCCUGUUUCACAUCGUCUCCUUUUCGGCUCUCUCCUAAGCUUGCUGACUGAAGAAGAAGAGAGCGAUGCAGUUUUUCUGUUCUCCUCAAAGUUAUUUGUUCACUUUCUGUAGCCAACAGUGCAAAGGGAUGAUCGGCCACGCCCUCGUUGAACACUGGUGCCUUCCAGGAAUUGUUUCCAGACUUGGUGGAUCACCGUCGGAUCAUUGGAUAUGUCACAGACUCUUGUUCAUCCGUUUUGAGAUUUAGAGGGCUUAAAUUCUAUCUUAAGGAUGAGACCUAAAGUCCUCAACUCUUCUUCUCUUCAAGAAGCGCCUCACUAUAUGACCACAAGUAUACUGGAACAGGGUUUGCAUGUGCGCUGUUCUCCACACACACUUUGUAACACAGCAGAGGAAGUCUGAUGUGGGCUGUGUUUUGGAUAAAGGACUUUCUUCUCACCUGCAGAUCCCUCUAUCACCCUGUUACAGGACAGAUUAAGAUGCUAUAAAGAUAAACAAUGCUCUAAUGGAAUCAAAUAACAGUAUUUUCAUCGUUAAAAUUGAAUGCUGUAUAUGCUGCAGAUUAUUUUAACAGUACCCACUGAGAAGCUAUAAGUAGCUUUGCUGCUCCCAGCACUGGGAUUUAUUCACAUCUCUUGAUAUGUUUGAUUUUACUUGUCUGCAAAAGUACCACUAAUUUUAUCAGCUGCCUUAAUUGAUGUUCAAAAUAAUGACAUCCCCCGGGAAAAUAGCUCAUGCAUUUUCACUUGUGUGUUAUCUAUUUUCUUGCUCUCAGAUUACAGUUACCACAAACUCAUGAUAUACCUCGAAAGAACAGCGACAGUCCUCUGUUUUCUCUCUAGAAGCAGUUUUGAAUGAAUGCACGUCUAAAAAUUGCUCCCUGUUAGGUUUGUUUCUUGUCCUCUUACUUUUGUCUUUAAAGAAAAAAAAAAAGUUUACCAAUCACCCUGAACAGCUGGACUUUUAUUUCUAUGUCUUUGUUGGAUGGUUUCAAACAAAGCUCCUCUUAAUCCAUGAAAACAAAUGUCAGAUUAGUUUACUCUUCCCUCAUUUUUUCACACAUAACCUUGUGCAAGUUCUCAAGUAAAAGCUAAUAGACUGCCAAUAAACAGACUGUGUAUAAGUGCACUUCCCUCUAGCAUUUACAUGGAAACAGUCAUGUUGAAAUCAUACUGUUUGUUAAUUCAGUGAGAAUGCUGUUUGCAUCACACAGCAAACACUUCACAGAAAACAGUGAACAUUCAAACGUCUCCAGAUUAUUAUUUUUCAGAAAGUGUGCUUCUUAUUUAUUUUCUUUACAACAUGUUUGUUUUUUUCAUAUAAUUGGGCAUUAUACUGCAUGAGUGGAUUGUGUUAUAGUAGUAAAGUAAGCUAUGUAGCAAAUACCAUGUUCAUGUCAUUGUAAGAUACUGUAUUUAUACGUGCCAAUGGAAUAUACGAAAUUUUAUCGAUAAUCUUUGUAUCGACAAUCUUGUACAGUCUAUUGUCAUUUAGGCUUAAAUGUUGUUUUCUCCCAUUUUAAUCAUUUUAAUGGUGCCAUUAAAAAGUUUAAUCU